UUGAGAGUUAUAUGUACUCCAAUUGCAUUUAGUAAACCUACACUCGACCAGACCCUGGUGCUAAGAGCGAAGGGUGACAGAAGGGAUCUCGGAGAGGUGUAUAAACUCGGACGGCAUGAACAGAGCAGAGACAGGGGAACUCUGGGAAGCCAUGGCGCUCACCACACAGGCCAACUCACAGGUCGUUAAUACUGACGUCUCCAGCGCUGUGGUGAUCGCCAUGAAGACAAUAGCGGGGAGCAAGGCUGUCGAGAAGGACGUGUUACCUGGCAACGACAAUAUACCUAUUGAUGACGGUGAUGAUGACGUCAGUGACGUCGAGGACGAAGAGAGAGCUAACUGUUGUUCCAGGAAGAUCUUGUCUUUCCGGUCAAGCCUGCGGUCCUCUGUGCCAACAUGUUUUCGAGACAGAUGUGAAGCUGUUAUAAAGUUAUCAUUGCUGGUUCUGUAUGUGAUAUAUUUUGUCUUUUCCAUGGUGUUGACGUUUGGUGAUGAGGGCUCCAUUAGACUCCUGGCCUGCACCGUGUUUGGCGCUGCCAUACUCGCCAGUAAAGUUGUGAGAAAAAACAUCAUCCCUCGACUAGACUGGACAGAUAGAAAGUGGACAUUCCGAGAGAAACUGCUGAUCGCUAAGGCCAGGAGAAUUGCAAGAUGGCUGUUGUAUAUAGCUACCACUGCGUUUAUCGUGGUGUUUCUGGUGCUCGACGUGGGCAUGAAACAACCCCGCAACCUCGUGUCUUUAGGGGGCCUGGCUUUCUUCAUUGCGGUUGCAUUCCUGUUCUCCAAUCGGCCAGCUAAGGUCAACUGGCACACGGUGUUCUGGUCGGUUGCUCUCCAGUUUCUCUUGGCCUUGUUCAUACUCCGUACAGAGCUCGGGUCUGGUUCUGUUUUGUGGAUGACAGAUAGAGUCGACAAUCUGCUGAAGAAUUCCAGGAAAGGUUCAGUGUUUAUGUUCGGGAAGAGCUACACGGAUCACAAUCUUAUAUUCGGGGCAAUGCCUCGAAUGUUCUUCAUUAACGCGCUGGUGGCUGUUAUGUUCUAUAUCGGAGCGAUACAGUGGUUUGUCAACAUCGUUGGUCGUUUCCUCAGAUGGUCACUGGACAUCACCGACCGGGAGUCCCUCUGCGUGGCCACCAACAUACUCAUUGAUUUCCCGACCACUGGGCUGGCUAUGAAGCCCUACAUGGAAUUGAUGUCGAAGUCGGAGCUCUUCACUGUGCUGGUAGCUGGGCAGGCCUCCGUGUCGGGAUCUUUCAUUGGAGUCGUCUCAUCUUUCGGGAUAUCUGUGUCGUACCUGAUCCCGGCGUGUGUGAUGUCUGCACCCGCCUCCAUUGCCAUCUCUAAGUUGCUGUACCCAGAGUCCCGUGCCGUUAGCAACAGAAACACAUACGACGUGGGAAAUAAAAAAUAUACAAGCAUAUUCGAGGCAGCAUCCAUUGGGGCAACUUCCUCUCUUCACGUGUUUGGCAGCGUCGUCGUCAACCUAUACGUCUUCUAUGGCCUUCUCUCACUCAUUAACUCCACACUUGGCUGGUUCGGCGACAGGGUGAACGUCAACGAUCUAACAUUUGAGUUCCUGUGUUCGUACAUUUUCCUGCCGCUGCCCGCCAUCAUGGGUGCCGACAUUCAGGACUGUGGCAAUAUCGGCAAGCUGAUUGGGUAUAAGAUUAUGGGCUCUGCAGCACUGUCCUACAUGCAGCUCUCGAUGAUGUCUGACAACAGAAAGGUGUUCCAUGACUACAUGGAAAGUACAAACGGAACAGGCACAUAUCGCUAUAUACGAGAUGACCUGUACUUAGACGGUUGGAACAAAACCUUGCAAUAUGGUUAUAUCACGGAGAAAUCCGAGGCAAUAUCUACAUACGCUUUGUGUGGCUUGUCUAACUUCGUAUCCAUUGGGAUAUCCCUGGCUGUUUUCUACACCAUCGUUCCAACAAAGCAGAAAUUCAUUACCAAGAAAAUAGUGUCAUCAAUGUUGUCAGCAAACGUGGCUUGCUUCAUGACUGCAUGUUUCGCAGGUCUCCUGUACUAGGAAUACGCUGAUAUUGCUCUCUCUCUCUGAGAUGGCCAACCAACGCCCGGCAGCAAAGAACAGAGAACGGUUCACUUGUUAUAACCAGUGCAAUUCACAUACUCCAUCUGCAGCACUGUAUAUGUACGGAGCUUUUUUUUCAUAAGAUUUAUUCAUGCUCAGCUACGUGUAUAUAUCCAUGCGUAUCGGCAAAGCAAAGAAAUACAGUCCUCAAUAGGCAGAACCGCAUGACGCGUGACGGUGACGCAGUGCACUGAACCAGAUAUUUACUCGACCUGUUGUCAGACCAAGGUGCAGCCAGACGUAAUGACGUAUGUGUGGAUGUGAGGAACUGUCAGGCCGCCUUGCUUGUUAACAUAGUACAAAGGCGUGGCCUGAAUCAAGGACAAAGUGUUUCUCAACAGAGUUGAAAUGUGUUUAGAAGUUAGCUUGGUAAAAAUGUUAAUAUAUAUAAUGAAUAUGACAAACACGUUGCCAUGUUGUAGAAUCUAACUCAUAUAUGAGUGAGUCAUAUGUUGAUGUUCCCGUCGGACAAAUAAACAAA